AUGGCUACCGCGCAAGCAGAAGAACAGAGAAGAGAAACGAUUGAAGCACCCACUGCUACAGCUCAACCAGCAGACGCAUCCGUGGCUACGGCUCAACCAGCAGACGCAUCCAUGGCUACGGCACAACCAGUAGAACAGAGAAGAGAAACGAUUGAAGCACUCACUGCUACAGCUCAACCAGCAGACGCGUCCCUGGCUACGGCUCAACCAGCGGACGCUUCUAUCGCUACGGCACAGUUGGCAGAUCAGAACAGAAAUGCGAAUGAAGCACCUAUAGCUACAGCGCAAGCAGCAGUUCCAUCUAUAGCGACGGCGCAGUUAGCAGGCCAGAACAGAGAUGCAAAUGAAGCAUCUGUGGCUACGGCUCAACCAGUAGAGCAGAGAAGAGAAACUACUGAAGCACCUGUGGCUACGAUGCAACCAGCAGACGCAUCUGUGGCAGCUGCGCAGCUAGCAGAUCAGAGCAGAGGUGCGAAGGAAGCAUCUGCGACAUUAGCGCAACCAGCAGAGCAGAGAAGGGAAACGAUUGAAGUAUCUACAGCAAUACCGCAACCAGCAGACGCACCCAUGGCUACGGCGCAGUUACCAGAUCAGAAGAGAGAUACAUACGCUGCACAGCAAGCAGACCAGAAGAUGGAACCAUCAGGCCCUAGGCAAACUAUGGCUGAGGAGACAGCGGCAACAGUGAAAGCGCUGGACGAUACUCCAUCGAAGGUAAGUUAUUCAAUGUUCAAAUCGCUUUUUAUAGUACUACUCUCACGCACUGAUAGGGGAACAUGA